CGCCUCUAAGCCCAUCCCAAGAUGGCGGAGAUCCCCCUGUACUUUGUGGACUUGCAGGAUGACUUAGACGACUAUGGAUUUGAAGACUAUGGCCCAGACUGUGACAGCAUGAGGGUGACAGCUUUCUUGGACAUCCCAGGCCAGGAUAACCUGCCUCCCCUCACUCGCCUGGAGAAGUAUGCUUUCAGUGAUAACGUCUUCAACCGUCAGAUUAUUGCCAGAGGGCUACUUGAUAUCUUCAGGGACUUCGGUAAUGAUGAAGAAGACUUCUUAACUGUCAUGGCAAUUGUGGUCAGAUUGUCAGAAGAUGCAGAGCCCACAGUGCGGACUGAGCUGAUGGAACAGAUUCCUCCUAUUGUCAUUUUUUUACAAGAAAACAGGUCAAAUUUUUCAAUGGUGUUCUCCGAAUAUCUCAUACCUAUUGUAGUGCGGUACCUCACCGAUCGAAACAAUCAGGUUAGAAAGUCAAGCCAGGAAGUGCUCUUGAUUCUUCUGGAGCAGGAUCUGAUUUUCCAGCACGAUAUUGAAAACAAAGUGUGUCCAAUCCUGCUGGCGCUCUCUGCCCCAGACAGUGACGACGAAUGCAAAGCUGAAGCCGUGAACAUCAUCUGCAAACUGGCUUCAGUGCUGAGCAAGAGCACAGUGGAACGCCUGCUGCUCCCUCGAUUCUGUGAAUUAUGUGGUGAUGGGAAGCUCUUUCAAGUUCGGAAGGUAUGUGCUACAAAUUUUGGUGAUAUUUGUCACGCCGUUGGACAAGAAGCCACUGAGAAAUUUUUGAUCCCAAAGUUCUUUGAGCUCUGCUCAGAUAAUGUGUGGGGGAUGCGAAAGGCCUGUGCGGAGUGCUUCAUGGCGGUGUCCUACAACACAUCCCCCGAGGUGCGCAGAGCCCAGCUGUCCCCUCUCUUCAUCCGCCUGGUCAGCGACUCCUGUCGAUGGGUGCGCCAGGCUGCCUUUCAGUCCCUGGGCCCCUUCAUUUCCACCUUUGCAAACCCCUCCAGGGCUGGCCUCUAUAUUCGAGAGGAUGGCAGUCUGAGCAUCAGGUCAUCACCUCAGAGUGCGGGGUCCAACUUCAUGUGCAGGUCAGCCAGUGCCCGCAACUGUGUUGACGCCACCUCAGCCUGUUCAACACAGCCAAGGCAGAUAGAGGCACAUCCACCCAUGGGAGGCCCAUCAGGGGGCACCAGUGGUUUCCUGCACGUCAAGAGCUCCUGUGAUGGCCCAAUGGAAAACCCAAUGGAAGACUCCGGCCUGGCUGAAGCCGAGGUGACCAGUGCCUUCUCGAAGCUCCCUGAUAUUAACAACCUCCCCAUCAGCAGUCACCCUGCACCUGGUUCCUGGCCCUGCCCAGGGAGACCUGAGGAUGCAUUCAGUAAUUUCCUUUAUUGGCGAACUCCUCUCCCUGACAUAAGCCAGGACUUGGAGUUGUUUCUGAGUGCGGCUGUGCCACAGCAAGAAGGCCGCUGCAGAUCUGAGCCCGUGUGCGGCCGCUAUGUGGCCAGGAGCGAGAUUCAGAAAGUCCUCGACAGUUUGCAGGAGCACAUGAUGAACAAUCCAGAUGUUCAAGCUCAAGUUCAGGUGCUAUCAGCUGCACUGAGAGCCGCACAGCUGGACUCUGUGAGUGAGCCCGAACGCCCGCUGGCAGACAAUCUGAGUGCAGUGUCCCUUUUAGAUCCCAAGCCGGCCUCUGACAGCUGGCCGGCUCCAUCGGCCUCGUCCCUGCAGAGUGAGCCCUCCGUGGCCAGGAUAUUACCAAGCACAAAUCCAGGCGAGCCCUGCCAUGGAACCCGUGACCAUCUGGGGACCCUGCAGAGGCAUGACCCCGUCCCACUUGAGGAGAAUAAAUCUAAACUACAGGAUAUUAUUCCUCAGCCCCUGUUGGAUGAGUAUGUGUCGAUGACCGACCCAGCUCGAGCCCAGACUGUUGAUAGUGACAUAGCCAAGCACUGUGCAUACAGCCUCCCAGGGGUGGCGCUCACGCUGGGCAGGCAGAAUUGGCACUGCCUGAAGGAUACAUACGCAACACUUGCUUCCGACGUGAAGUGGAAGGUACGUAGGACCCUGGCCUUCUCCAUCCAUGAGCUGGCUGUGAUUCUCGGGGAUCAGUUAACGGCUGCUGACCUGGUACCCAUCUUCAAUGGAUUUUUAAAAGACCUGGAUGAAGUACGAAUAGGAGUUCUUAAACACCUGUAUGAUUUCCUAAAGUUGCUUCAUGAAGACAAGAGGAGAGAAUAUCUUUAUCAGCUUCAAGAAUUUGUAGUGACCGAUAACAGCAGGAAUUGGAGGUUUCGAUAUGAACUAGCAGAGCAGCUGAUACUGAUUUUGGAACUCUAUAAUCCCAAUGAGGUUUAUGAUUAUUUAAUGCACAUUGCCUUAAAGCUGUGUGCAGAUAAAGUUUCCGAAGUGCGGUGGAUCUCCUUCAGACUAGUUGUGGCAAUUCUGCAGAAGUUCUAUUCAAACAGUGAAAGUGCUUUGGGGGUAAAUUUCAUCAAUGAACUCAUCCUAAGGUUCCGGCACUGUUCAAAGUGGGUCGGAAGGCAAGCUUUUGCUUUCAUUUGCCAGGCAGUGGUGAGUGAGGAGUGUAUCCCUGUGGACCAGUUUGUUGAACUCUUACUCCCCAGCCUGCUGAGCCUUGCCUCAGACCCUGUGCCCAAUGUCAGGGUGCUGCUCGCCAAAGCUCUGAGGCAGACACUCUUGGACAAGGCAUACUUUAGAAAUGCCGGCCACCCUCAUCUUAAAGUCGUUGAAGAGACCAUCUUAGCUUUGCAGUCAGACCGGGACCCAGAUGUCUCCUUUUUUGCCACCCUGAAGCCAAAGCGGGGGAAUCUUGUGGACACUACCAUGCUGGGGAAACAGAAUUGAGCUCUGGGAUUGCUCACAAUCGUUCCUUCUGUACUCGGGGCACAUUUCUCAUGUAAUCGGACCUGCUGAGGGAGGGAAGCUUCUGAAACUCUGACAUCACACAAAUGACCCCUUUCCCACAUGCAGUCCUGGGACUGCACCUGGGACCGGCCUGUGCCAUGCUUCGGCGCCUCACCUACCUGAUCCAGGGUCUGAAAGGUCCUAGAACCAGGUGGUUAAGUGGGUGUGGGGCCUCCAUAGCCUCAGGUUACUCAUAAGCAGUUUGUUUUCUCUAUUAUAGACUAUAUUAUUUAAAGCCUCCCCAAAUAAAGUAGUUUAUUAGAAGUUUUUCAGUCUUUAAAGACUUGCACAUUUGGCUGCCUUAUGCUUUCCUAUAAAAUGUAGUUUAUGGUAUUAUAUUUAAUUUUUAUCUGAAAUGCUGUACAUAUGUAAAUAACUCUUGACAGGAAGAAAAGAUAUUAAUGUAAUAUUAGCCUCCUAUCAGUGAACAAAACAAAUACAUCAUUUAAAUUUAUGCUCCACUUUGAGUUGUGGCAAAUAUAGCCCAAUUUGUUUACUUUUGAAAAAUGCGAUAGUUAAAGAAGUCUACUAAAGAAUGAUUUGUGGCAAUCUUUCUAAUGUUGUAUGUUUGUUAUAAACUCUGGAACUUUUCUUCACCCCCUUCCCUUCUUGUAGGAUUGUAGCCAUAAAGCUAUGUGUUGGUCUUUGAUAGAGGUAUAUUGCAGAAAGAAUUCAUUUUUAGGUGGAUAUAGUAUCAUAUGCUUAAGAACUCAAGAGGGAAAUUGGUCAUUGAGAUGCAUGGACAUUGCCUUUAUACUUAAUGCUUUAGAAUCUUAACCAAAAAAAAAAAAAAAAAAAAGGAAACCAGUU